GCGCGCGGAUGGGCGCCCUUUGGCUGCGGGAGCGAGUGGAGGAUGCUGGGAAGGAGGUAAAAUGGCCACCGGCGGCGGCGCGGAGGAGGAAAGGAAGCGGGGGCGGCCGCAGCUCCUGCCACCCGCGCGGCCCGCGGCUCGCGGCGAGGAGGCCGAGGGCGGCCGCGAGAAGAUGGGCUGGGCCCAGGUGGUGAAGAACCUGGCCGAGAAGAAGGGCGAGUUCCGCGAGUCGCGGCCGUCGCGGCGGGAGGAGGAGGGAGGCAGCGGCGUGGGCGGCGCGCUCGGCGCCCCCGCGGGCCUGGCGGUGCCGGGCCUCGGCGACUUCCCCCCGGCCGGCCGCGGGGACCCGAAGGGUCGGCGGAGAGACCCGGCCGGCGAGGCGGCGGAUCCCCGCAAGAAAAAGGGUGCAGCCGAGGCGGGCCGGAGGAAGAAGGCCGAGGCGGCGGCGGCGGCCAUGGCGGGCCCGGCCAGGCCUGGCGCGGCCGAGGACGCGGCGGAGCGGCCCGCUCAGGACGAGCAGGCAGUGGCGACGGGCCCCGCGGCGGGCCCGGGCAAGGGCCGCUUCCUGGUGCGCAUCUGUUUCCAGGGAGACGAGGGCGCCUGCCCGACCCGGGACUUCGUUGUGGGCGCGCUCAUCCUGCGCUCCAUCGGCAUGGACCCGAGCGACAUCUACGCGGUCAUCCAGAUCCCAGGCAGCCGCGAGUUCGACGUGAGCUUCCGCUCGGCGGAGAAGCUGGCCCUGUUCCUACGCGUCUACGAGGAGAAGCGCGAGCAGGAGGACUGCUGGGAGAACUUUGUGGUGCUGGGGCGGAGCAAGUCCAGCUUGAAGACGCUCUUCAUCCUCUUCCGGAACGAGACGGUGGACGUGGAGGACAUCGUGACCUGGCUCAAGCGCCACUGCGAUGUGCUGGCCGUGCCCGUGAAAGUGACCGACAGGUUUGGGAUCUGGACCGGGGAGUACAAGUGUGAGAUCGAGCUGCGCCAGGGGGAGGGCGGGGUCAGGCACCUGCCGGGGGCCUUCUUCCUGGGGGCCGAGAGGGGCUACAGCUGGUACAAGGGGCAGCCCAAGACGUGCUUUAAAUGUGGUUCCCGGACCCACAUGAGUGGCAGCUGCACGCAGGACAGGUGCUUCAGGUGCGGGGAGGAGGGGCACCUGAGCCCUUACUGCCGGAAGGGUAUCGUGUGUAACCUCUGUGGCAAGCGAGGACACGCCUUUGCCCAGUGUCCCAAAGCAGUUCACAAUUCCGUGGCAGCUCAGCUAACCGGGGUGGCUGGGCACUGAACACCCGCCUGCCUGCCAGGGUGAAUACAGAGCCAGCUUACCCCUCUUAAGUGCCAAAACUUUUUUUUAAACCAUUUUUUACGUUUUCGAAGGAGAUCUUUUUAAACCUACAAGAGACAUCUCUCUCUGCCUUCUUAAAUCGAGUUUACUCCAUUUCAGCCUUUUCCGAAUUGGUGACUCUGUCAUCAGUAACCACCGAGAACUGUAGCGUGCAGAUGUGUCGCCUCUCCCUUUUUAAAAUUUUGUUUUCGUUUUUGUAUCUGGGUUGUUUUUGUUUUUGUGUGUGGUUUUUGUGUGGGUUUUUUUGUACUUUUUACUCCCCACGCCUUGUCUUCUCCCGGGAUUUUCAUCCAUUGGGCUGCCUUGCGCAUCUUUAUGCCCCAGCACUAGGUACGGGGCCCACCACGUGGUAGGCACUCCAUCAGUGUUUGUUGAAUUGAGAAGUUGACUGUGGCUUCUGUCAGGGUGUCUACUUUUUGCAGCUCUUCCCCCCCUCCCCGUUUAAUUUGCUGCUUCUAAUCUAUGUGGUCUGAGAAUUUGUGAAACCAUUGUUGUUAGAAGUGUAUGUAAUCUGAGUCAAUAAGCUCUGAAUGGUGGCCAAGGGCCUCUCUUAUGGCAUUAAAAAGCAUGGACUUUGGGACAGCUGUUCAGUGGCUCAGAAGCCAUUUUUCACAGAAUCAUGGAAUUUGGAAUUUUCUUGCUGGAAAGGACCUAAAAGUUGGUUUAGACCAAUCCCCUGGAUUUCCAACAGAUGAAACAGGCCCAGAGAGGUUAAAUGACUGGGUCAAAAUCACAUAGCUGUCUGGUGCCAGAGCUAGCCUAGAGUAGAGUUCCCUGACCCCAAGCCCGGUGCUCAUUCCACUACCUCUCACACUUCACAACAUUUUCCUCAACACUUGAGGGCCCAGAAAGUCUGAUCUCUCCAGAAUGAUGAGCCCAGAGGAAUGCUAAGAAAUCAUCUCGGGGAGGAAGCAGAAAGGGAUUUAGCAGGGGCUUCUGAAUACUUGGGAGAUAGGGAAGGGCCAAAGGAACAUAAUCUAGGGUGUACUCAUUGCUCCGUGAGGUAUCAUAUCUGGAUUAAAGUGCCAAGUCCUUUGGGGCCUUACCCUUCAUCAUUCACUGCCACCACUUAGAAAUGGGGGUGUUCCUAAAUAAGGAAACCUACCAGAGGUUUACAUUUGCACCUUAGCCCCAAUAGCUAGAAACCCCAGAGAAGCCUCUAACUGGAGCUCAUCUACAACUUCCUGACUCACAGGAGAAAGGUGAUUUUAACCUGGAAUCAUAAGUAAGCUGUUAACUCUAAAAUUUGCUUGCAAAACAGGUCAAGCAAGAGGGCAUUGGGUCAACUAAGUGUUACCGAGUUAAAGUAGAAAAGACAGCUGCUUUUCUUUUAGUUUUUGUUUUUCCUUUGCAUUAUGUUUUGCUAUUUCCUUGUGGCUUAGAAUGUAAAAUCGAUUGUUAAAAGUUUUGUUCUGAAUAAAUAUUUAUCUUUUGUAUUGCUAA